UUCUCCUCCCCCGAGCCGAUUUCAUUUCCUGCGGGGCGCGGCGCAGCCCUCUUCACACUCCCCUCCCUCGCUCGCUCUCUCUCACUCACUCGCCUUUGUAUCUCCCUCGUGAGCCACCACCACCACCACCAUCGCAUCAUCGCCAACCACCAUCGACGUCGCAUUCCCGCCUUUGUCGUGCGUGCGAUCCCUUUCGACCAUUAACAUCGACAACAACAAUUCUCCAUUUCGGUCCGUUUCCAUUUUCUUCGCCGCCGCCGCCUCAUUUCCAUUUCGUUCCAACCUCCCUCACCAUGAGCGACGAGUCAAAGUCUCUGCUCGACCACGACGACGGCGGCGUCGUCGACGUUUCGACCUCUCGUCCAGGAGCAAUGGCAGACGGAGCAGCAGCAGCAGCAACGACGACACCAACGCCGCCGUCAGCCAAGCAUGGCGGACACGGAGCCCCGCUCCCCGACUCCACCCGAGUCAUCCCCGCCUGCUCCUCUUCCUCCUGCUCCGCCGCUCACGCAGGUUAUGCCUGCCUAGCGCAGUGGCUCAAACCGCAAGUCCUGGACCUGCUCUACUGGCGUGACAUCAAGAAGUCGGCAGCCGUGUUUGGCGGGAGCCUCCUGCUGCUGCUGUCGCUCACGCAGUUCAGCGUGGUGAGCGUGCUCGCGUACCUCACCCUGGCCGUGCUCUCCGUCACCAUCAGCUACCGCGUCUACAAGUCCGUGCUGCAGGCCGUGCAGAAGACCGAGGAUGGACAUCCCUUCCGGGAGUACCUGGAGGCGGACCUGGCCAUGUCUCCCGAGACGGCCCAGAAGUACGUGGACACGGCGCUGGCGCACGUCAACUGCCAGCUGCGCCGCCUGCGCCGCCUCUUCCUGGUGCACGACCUCGUCGACUCCAUCAAGUUCGCCGUUGUGCUGUGGCUGCUCACCUACGUGGGUGCCCUCUUCAACGGCCUGACCAUCGUCAUCCUCGCUUUGAUCGGCGCGUUCACAGUCCCCAUGGUCUAUGAGAAGUACCAGGUUCAGAUCGACCAACAUGUGGGGCUGGUGCGGAAGCACGUCGGCGCGGUCGUUGAAAAAGUUCAAGCUAUGAUCCCAGGAGCCAAGCGAAAGGCCGAGUAAAGCUGAAACUAAGAAAAGCGCACAUCCGCAGCAGAUCGUAGUUGUCUUCUACCGCGCAGCAGUGAGCUUUUAAAACAACAAAAGUCAAUAAAAUAAAUCGGCAAUGAGUACAAUUAAUGAAAUAAGCAGAGUGGCGUGACACGAAAGAAGCGCAGCGUGGCUCUUUGUGUGCGCGCAAAUUUAGACCCCCCCACUCUCCCCCCCCCCCCCGUCCUCCCCGUGGAUUUUGUGAGCAACUUAAAAAGCCGGCGAAGUCGGUCUGUGUGUAAAGAUUCCUUUGGUGGCGUCUGUGUCCUUGCCGUGGCAGGGCACGGGCAAGUCUCCGUGUGUGGCACAUUUAAAACGCUCUUCUCACCAGAUUACACUUUUUUUUCUCCCCCCCCCCCCCCCCCCCCCCCCCCGUUUGUGUUUUUGUUUUGCCUUAUGAGAAUUGUAGCUAUCGAGCUUGUGUGCGUGCGCGCGCACGUGUGGGUAACGUUGCAUGCCUCUCUAGCGUAGGUAUAGGGUAGGUAGGUCGGUUGCAGCACGUACACAGAAGACGAUCGCGCUUAACUUUAGCAAUCGGCCAGAGCAGAGGGUCCAUUCCCGGACAGUCAUUUCAGGCGCCGUGGCAAAGACCGCCCGCACAACCGCUUUGCCCACAAUCUGAGCGAGUCGUUGCGGCGGCGGCGACGACGUUGAACGGCGCGUUGUCCGGGCUAUCCGCGACCAACCGAGAAGAGACCCGUAGCAUGCAGAUUGCGCGUCGUGACGGAAUGCGUCAAAUUGGCUCCACAUUGCCGUAGGAGAUCAUUUGAAUGCUUUGAGUGUCUGCUGCAGGCAACCGGUUGCACGGAUGUCCCACGUGUUAGUGGUCCGGUUGCACGCAACCAAGCAUGCGCAACCGAUUGCUUGGCGGGGGUGGGGGGGGUGUGGGACGCGGCCCAAGAGCUUUGCUAUCAAAGCGGCAGUGUGUGAUUAGUAAAAAUCCGGCGGCUCGUGUUUUUCUGUUAUUCGCCCGUCGUGAUCGUAUCCCCCCUCCCCACCGCUGUGGUUAGUGCCAUGAGUCGUGACCACUAGGCUUAGAACGGUAGAUUUAUUAAGGCUUUAAACACCGUGUGAAACUCCGCUAGCUUCUGAUUUGAUGUUAGCUCUCUCUCGCGAGUGCUCGUCCAGCACAGAGGUGUUUCGGGGUGUGCGUCGACAAAUUAGCUGACGAGAUCUGGCUCCUGUACCCGCGUUCCGUGUCGCCAAUAAAUGUUCGUGUCUACCACCG